AUGUCGCAUCUAGGCCAGAGACAGUUCGAAGUCCUUGCAGGUGCUAAGUCCCCCUUCCUUCCGCGUGAGGAUCCUAGUAAGAAGAAUCUCCCGAAAGGUAUUAAGAAUGGUGCUAAGAAGGGCUCUGAGAAGAAAAAGAAGGGUCCGUCUGGCUCGACCUGGAACGAGUUGCAUCUCAAAUGGUUACAUGUUCUCUGCGAAUCUGGUUACGACCUGAAGGACAUUUUUUCCCGAGAAAGCGAGCUUUCGCAAUCUGGCAAGAUCGCUACAAGCCUUCGAGAAAGUCUCGACGGAGAGUGGGGUUGGAUUUGCGCAAAUGAUCACGAGUUAUCAAACUCGAUCUUUGCCCGUCUUCAAGCCUUAGUACUCCGAAGGGAAGAAGCCGACGCCUUCAACACGCAUUCCAACACGCAGUCAAGUACUCAGCACUUUACGCCACCCUCCGCGAAAAGCCAGUCAGUAACUCCUCAGCAACACCCCCGGGGCACACAGGACUUUCUACGAGAACGUGGUUCACCAAGCCUCUUCCCGCCACACAAAUGGGGUUUAGAUCCCCAGCUACACAUGCCUCAGUCCCAGAGUCGGAAGCGACAACGAGAUGAAAUAAUGAGCCCUCGGCGAGAACGCGAUGGGCCCAUGAUUCCCCCGAGACAACUCGAAAGCGCACCAACUUCUCACAAUAUGGGAGGGUCACCAGCUCCCCGACAACAGACAACAAGUCAUCAGCAACAAAUUUCACCAACAACAAGUCGCCACUUGCCCCCUCUCAGUAGCCCGUUGACUCAUCGGCCACAAGAUCCAAAAACACCUAGUCAUGAGAUACAGAGUCAAACGACACCAGGUCGCCACAUGCCCCCUCUCAGUAGCCCGAUAAUUUAUCGGCCACAAGAUCCAAAAACACCUAGUCAUGAGAUACAGAGUCAAACGACACCAGGUCGCCACAUGCCCCCUCUCAGUAGCCCGUUAACUCAUCGGCAACAAGAUCCAAAAACACCCAGUCGUGAGAUACAGAGUCAAACGACGCCUAGUCUUUACAAGACCCCUCUGAAGCAGUCGUCAAUUACUUGGCAACAAGAUCCAAAUACACCCUGCCGUAAGGUAGAGAUUCAAACGACACGUGGUGGUCAAAAGGACCCUCCAAAAAACUGGUCUGAAACUCAAGGUCUCGGCGCAUCUUCCACUAUAGCGUCGCAACAUCGAGGAUCGCAGUCUGCGACCUAUGAUGAAGAAGGGGAUGGCGAUGAAGAGAAGGAUGAUGAACAGGAUAGGGAAGAAGAGGGAAAUGAUGAAGAGGGAAAUGAUGAAGAGGAAAAUGAUGAAGAGGAAAAUGAUGAAGAGGAUGAAGAGGAUGAAGAGGAUGAAGAAGAUGACUUGGAGGAAGGAGAAGAUGCUGGCGGAGCCUCGGAAGCGGCUUCAUAUGACAAGUCAGAGAAAGAUGUUGAGGCUGCCGGACUGACCUUUCUGUCUCUUGUACACGACGCUAUCAACAAAACCAAGAAAGGCGUGGAAGCCAAAAGAGUAGCGGAGCAGAACUUGAAGGUGACGGUGAUGGAUCCGCGUCCGCAUCGCAUAAAGAUUGAUGGAAUAGAUAUGUCGACACACCCUGACUUAGUUUUAGAACUUGUGUUUGGCAAAAAGAAGCAAAGAAAAAAAAUCGGAGUGGUCUUAGAGUUCAAAAAGAGGGAUCACAAAUUGAACGACGAAGAGAUAUUGGCACAAGAGGUCUCGGAGUUGCUCGGCACGGUCCUGGAAAAAAAGGCAGCAAGGAAACAGAAAUCAUACAAGUCAUAUCUUAUCUCCUGGCACGGCCUGAAGGGCUAUAUCAGCCGUUUCUACGCAACCAGAGAGUACCUGAACCAGCUUCAAGAAAACUCACGAGGUCUUCAAGACCUAGAUCCCCCUCAAGUAAGACGUUCAGAAGAAUUCGAUCUCACCAAGUCCGAAGAACGAAUCAACUUUGCAAUUGGAUGUGCACGCAUAGCGGUAGAGGAGCUGCUGAAGUUUGAACGCAAUCAGACGUCUGGUUUAUUGGAGCGCGUCCGCGCGUAG